CCAACACGUCUAGCCAGCUCGAAGUGCCACGACUUCACAGCAGACCACGGAUUCUCCAGCGGAGUGAGGGGGGACCUCUGGAAAAAGCAAGUCAGCUAGAUAGCUGGAUAAAUAGGUAGAUUUGCAAAGAAGUCACUACGUUAAGAAGUCAAAGCAAUUUCCCUCGCUCCCUUUGAAGAAGCAGACGUAGCUACAUCACCAUCGAGCUAAACUGAAACUUAAAAAUGGAUAUCUAUGACCCCCAAACGCUUGGAAUAAUGGUAUUUGGUGGAUUCAUGGUGAUCUCUGCAGUUGGGAUCGCUCUUGUCUCCACCUUCUCAAUGAAGGAGACCUCUUACGAGGAAGCACUGGCUAAGCAGCGCAGGGAAUUAGGUAAAAUACAGUCUGUUCGGUCUGAGAAGAAAAAGAAGGACAAAACAUCUGAGAAGAAAAGCCGUGGAAAAAAGAAGGAUGAAAAGCCCAAUGGAAAAAUCCCAGAGCCCGAAAAAAAUCAAGAGGAAUCUGAAGCUGACUCAGUUGCUGAGUCUGCCUCUGCUCCAGUUGUAGCGGCUGUCCCUGCUCCUGCCACUGAGCCUGUGCCUGCUAUUGAAGUUAAACCAACUAUAACCCCGGUGCCAGCAGACACCCAACCUGGAGUUACCGCUGACCCAAGCCCUGUUCUUGCUGAGCCCUCCCCUGCACCAUCUCCAAAAGAGAAAAAGAAGAAGAAGGUAGCCAAGGUUGAGCCUGCCUCCUCCCAGCCAGCUCCACCAGUGUCAACUCCUGCACCAGUCAAGUCUUCCUCUGCCCUUGUAUCCACCCAGGCCUCUGCCGCUGCCCCAGCUAAGGCUGCCCCAUCGGCAGCUAAGGCUGCUCCUGCACCUGUGGUAGCCAAGCCUCUCGCUGCUUCAGCCAAGGCAGCCCCUACCUCUGCCCCUGCUCCAUCUCCUGCAUCAACUAAAUCUGCCCCUGCCUCAGCAAAGCCUGCCCCAGCACCAGCUAAAGCAGCCACAGUUCCAGCCAAGUCUGCUGCUGCUGCUCCUGCCAAGUCUGCACCAGCUCAAGCCAAGUCUGCCCCAGUGCUGGAGGCCAUCACCAAAGAAGUCCCAGUGAUGGCUGUGCCACCAGUGGGAUCUCAGCAGACCACUGCUCCUACAGCCAAAGCACAAGAGUCCAAGAAGAAGGCCUCCAAGAAGAAGACUGAGCCUGUGGUGGCGGCAGAUUGUGCUGAUGCUCCCCUCUACCUACCCUACAAGACACUGGUGUCCACCAUCAGUAGCAUGGUUUUCAGUGAAGGAGAAGCUCACAGGCUUAUUGAGAUCCUGUCUGAGAAAGUAGGCAUAAUUCAGGACACCUGGCACAUGGCCACUCAGAAAGGAGACCCAGUGGCUAUGCUGAAGAAACAACUGGAAGAGAGGGAAAAACAGCUGGCUGCAGAACAAGAGGAUGCCUCUGCAGCUAAAAACCGUUUGAGGGAACUCACCAAGGAGUUGUCUGCAGAGAAGUCCAAGGUUGCCAGUGUUGAGACGAGACUGAGUUCCCAGCUGAGUAAGCGGGAGCAGGAAAUGAUUGCUCUGCAAGCUCGCAUGCAGGCCAGUUACCAGGAUCAUGUAGCCCAGACCCAAAGGCUCAAUACAAAAAUUCUCAGCCUGCAGGACCAGCUGGAAAAAGGCCCCAAUGCCCAGCUGGCCCGUCUACAGCAGGAAAACUCCAUACUCCGUGAUGCCCUCAACCAAGCCACCAGUCAGGCUGAGAGCAAACAAAAUGCGGAGUUGGCCAAACUGCGCCAGGAAUGUACAAAGCUAACUAAGGAACUUGGAGAGAAGACAGAAAGUCUGCUUGCUGAUGAGCACAUCAGGAAAGGGCUAGAAGCCAAAGUCUCAGCUACUGAGAAGCAGCUCACCCUGCUUCAGGCCAGUCAUGCUGAGAGUGAGCAGGCAUUACAGAGGAGGUUGGAGGAGGUGUGUGAGGAGCUCAGAACAACACAGAGUAAAAACAGCAGUCUGCAGGCCACUUUGGAGAAGGCCCAACAGGACAGCAGCACACACUCAGAUUUACAGGUACGUAUUGGGGGACUGGAGGCUGAGAUCAGGGAACGAAGUGCUCAGGUGGAAAACCUCACUGCCCAGUUGGAGGAGGCAAAGACAGAAAAAGGUCAGCUUGUGCAGCAGGUGUCCACCAUUACUUCACUGCUGGAGGCGAGUCAGAACCAAAAGGAGGAAGAUAAUAGUCAGCAGGCGAAUGCUGCAGAUUUGGAACAACUAAAGCUCAGCCUUCAGGAGCGAGACAACCAAUUGAAUGUGCUCCAAGAGGAGCUGAAGCAGCUACAGACGAAGCAGGAAGCUGCAGAGAACACUAUUGCUGAGUUAGAGCAAAGAAAUAAAAGUGAGAAUGCCAACCUUAUCUCUUCACUUCAGGAUGAGCUUAAAAACUUAAAAGAACAACUUGAGAACACACCACAGCCAGAUAUGUCAGAGCUUGGACAGCUGCAGAAUAGUCUGACUGAGAAGGAUGCCCUUGUCACAUCACUACAAGAGGAACUCAAAGAAGUCAAGGAAAAGGCAACUAUUGAUGAAAACGUAGUGGCACAACUAAAAGCUUUUCAAGAUGAAGCCAAAGAAACUCUCCAGACACUCUUUCCACAGAUAUCCUUAGAGACAGAGCAGCCCAACUGGUCAGGAGUUUUUACACAAAAAGCUCAGGAGGCUCUCAGUCGGCAGAGCCAGGAGCCUCAAUCAAGCGCAGCGGUGCCAGAGUUGCUUGAGAAACUGAAGGAGGCUGAGGAGAGCCAUGGAUCACUGCAAGCUGAAUGUGAUCAGUACAGGACAGUCUUGGCUGAAACAGAAGGAAUGCUGAAACAUUUGCAGAAGAGCGUGGAGGAGGAAGAGCUUGUAUGGAAGUCAAAGAUGGCUGACUCUGAGGAACAGCUGAGAGUUGCUUUGGAGAAGACCCACAAGUUGGAGGCAGAAAAUCAAAGUUUACAACAGUUGAAGGAACAGAUAGCACUGCUGGAAGCACAGCUGGAGAGACAGUCUGACGACCAGGGGGCAUCUGAAGAAAUGGAGCAAGUACAUGAGCAGGUGAAGCUGCAGCUGCUAGAGUGUCAGAGCCAGCUGGAAGUGGCCCAGAAGGAGGCCCAGGCUCAUAAGGAGGAGCUUGCACAGGUCCGAGAGCAGCUGGGUGAACUCAUGAUGCAGGCUCAACAAGAGCAGAAUGGCCCAGCUGAAGCUCAACCCAGUCAGGUCCACCACGAGUUGAGCCAGACGACUGAUCAGCUGCAAGGGGAGUCAGCUCAGAGACAGCAGCUCUCUGAGGAGUUAGAGCAGGCUCAAAAGAAUAUAACAGAACUUCAGGCGCAGCUGGAUCUUCUCAAGGAUUCAGCAGAGACAACCCAAGAUGGAUCAGAGGAUGUUACUCAGCUCAAGGAGCGCCUGGAGAAGGAGAAGAAGCUCUCCAAAGACCUGGGCCAGGCAGCCACCAAACUCCAGCAGCUGCUUAAAGCCACGCAGGAGCAGCUAAGCAAAGAGAGAGACACAGUGAGAACACUACAGGAGCAUCUGGAUGGCAAGGGAGAGUAUACUGAGCUGAAGGAAGGUACAUCCGUCUGAGAGGAAGUUCACUGGAGACACUACACAAAACUGCCAAAUAUGCCUUAUGAUUACCAUAGUUAUGCAUUCCAAAGCUAUUGUUUUUCUUGUACUGUAGUUAAUUGCAUUUAUUGCAACAGUAGGAAUCAAAUAUUUGAUAUGAAGAACAUUUCGAAGAUUAGAGGAGAAAAUCCUGUUGAAAUCUUUACUGAAACUCACAUUCCAUCAACAUUUCUGACUAUGUCAGAAGUAAUUUAUCCCCCUGCCUUUUAUUCCAAACAUUUCCCCAUAGUUCAGUGUUAAAAGGGAAACCGACUGUACGUCAAACGUGCAUCAACCUGUGCAAUUACUUUGUAUGUAUUUUCUAUGUGGUUGAUUGAUGGGAACAUUUUAUGGUUCAACGGUGCAGUACCUUUUGGGCUUGCCUCUCCAGUAGCUGGCCAAUUAACACGUUGAAUAUGAAUUUGUAUGAAUGAAUAAACUACAGUGUAGCUCUAUGUAA